UGUUUAUUAUUUGUGUUAAGAAAUUUUACAAACGCGUCGGUGUUAGAGUUUGUGGUCAAAUAAUACUUGUUGCGUGGCGUCUAAUGUGUGGAAAACGAGAUUAGUGAUUAUGGAAAAGCUUUUUGACAAAAUCGGAGACCAUUUUAACAAUCCCGAGAUGUCUGACCGCAUUUUGGUCGUGAAGAUUCGAAAGGAUGGCUGGGAAAAGUUGGAAGCCGCACGCCGGGUUCGAAGCAUCACGAAAACCAACUCACAAGGAGGAAAUGAUGAUACAAUCUCCACACCAAGCAACAACCAGCAAGAAAAACCAGAUGAGAACGAGGAAAAUGAAUCCACUGUCAGUACAGAUGAGCAAAACUUCAAUGCUGACGAAUCAGCUACCACGGCUGCGGACGAUUCGUUUAACUUGCCUUCGAUUUCAGACUCUAGAACUGUCAGUAGCCUGAGCUGCGAUUCGGGGAUAGGCGAUGCUUCAUCUUCUGAGGCCAAAAGAACUAUCAAGAGUAAAAAGAGAGAAGAAUCUUGGAUAGUCGUCGAAGACCAGGAACAAGAAUCUGAGACUAUGAUGAAUUCAGUUAGUGCUUGCAAGCACCUGCCGGUUGGCACCUCAUCAGAAGUGGAUUUAGACGUCACUUUCAGCAAGUUACUUAUUGCAGACAUUCGCUAUGCUCAUAAAGCUGGAGCUAUAGGUCUUACUGCUAUGAAUUCUUUGGAGGACGGGGCCUCAGCGUUUUGUUCGUCCCGGUCAACAGAUAACGGUGUCAUGAGAACAAGUGAAGAGGAUUUGACACUAGCUGACACAGUGAUCCGGGAACACCAGCUGUAUGUACACAGCUUUUGGUUGGCUUUGAAUAGUUCUUAUUUCAGAAGCCUGUUUUUUAGUUCUGGGAUGAAAGAAACCAAAGUAAAAAAGAGUUUGUGGUCAAAUAAUACUUGUUGCGUGGCGUCUAAUGUGUGGAAAACGAGAUUAGUGAUUAUGGAAAAGCUUUUUGACAAAAUCGGAGACCAUUUUAACAAUCCCGAGAUGUCUGACCGCAUUUUGGUCGUGAAGAUUCGAAAGGAUGGCUGGGAAAAGUUGGAAGCCGCACGCCGGGUUCGAAGCAUCACGAAAACCAACUCACAAGGAGGAAAUGAUGAUACAAUCUCCACACCAAGCAACAACCAGCAAGAAAAACCAGAUGAGAACGAGGAAAAUGAAUCCACUGUCAGUACAGAUGAGCAAAACUUCAAUGCUGACGAAUCAGCUACCACGGCUGCGGACGAUUCGUUUAACUUGCCUUCGAUUUCAGACUCUAGAACUGUCAGUAGCCUGAGCUGCGAUUCGGGGAUAGGCGAUGCUUCAUCUUCUGAGGCCAAAAGAACUAUCAAGAGUAAAAAGAGAGAAGAAUCUUGGAUAGUCGUCGAAGACCAGGAACAAGAAUCUGAGACUAUGAUGAAUUCAGUUAGUGCUUGCAAGCACCUGCCGGUUGGCACCUCAUCAGAAGUGGAUUUAGACGUCACUUUCAGCAAGUUACUUAUUGCAGACAUUCGCUAUGCUCAUAAAGCUGGAGCUAUAGGUCUUACUGCUAUGAAUUCUUUGGAGGACGGGGCCUCAGCGUUUUGUUCGUCCCGGUCAACAGAUAACGGUGUCAUGAGAACAAGUGAAGAGGAUUUGACACUAGCUGACACAGUGAUCCGGGAACACCAGCUGUAUGUACACAGCUUUUGGUUGGCUUUGAAUAGUUCUUAUUUCAGAAGCCUGUUUUUUAGUUCUGGGAUGAAAGAAACCAAAGUAAAAAAGGUCAACUUGUCGGCCUUUGACAUCAUUGGCAGCAAAGCGNUGCUGUUGAUAGAGUCGCUUUAUAAACCUGAAGUUGUCAUGACAGAAAGUGUGGAGAAUCUUCUUGUUCUUAUGAGGCUUGCUCAUGUUUAUGAUGCAGAGAGCACCCUUAAAACUUGUCAAAAACUCCUUGGGUCAGCUGAACUGACAGUUGAGAUCUGUGACAAGUCACUGAAUAUGCAGGAACAUGAAAGACUCCCUGAAAUGGCAGAGUUUAUUAGCAGAUGCGAAGAAUUUCUGGUUGAAGAAUUCAGUCCACUAGACUCUCAGUGGUCCAAUGAAGACUUUCUCUCUUUGAGUUCUAAUGGUCUACAGAAAGUUCUUUCCAGCAAUGAGCUUUGUGUGUCUUCAGAGAACACUGUGUUCCUCGCUCUGAUGAAAUGGGCUGAAGUGAAUGAAGUGUUUGAUGAUCAGCUUGAACCGCUGUUGGAUCUGGUUCGGUUCAAAUCCAUGACUAUCAAUUACCUUCAUGAUGUCGUGACCAGUGAUCAUCCGAUUGCUUCUACGGUUGUUAAAUUUCCACUGUUAUUUGAGGAAGCCGUGUUUUACCAUGCGUUUUCAAAGGAAAGACAGCACGAGGAGGGCGAACCUAUCGCCAGAAAAGCGUACGAUGAACCUGUUGUGUUCAACUGGACAGUGGACAUUGGUGAAGACGUUGAAGUUGAGAAGAAAAAGAAGAUCAUCAAGUCCCCGCAUUUCUGGGUCAGCGGAUAUGAAAUGUUCUUGGAGCUUAAGCUGAGGACUUCCGGUUGUCAAGGUCUCUACCUGACCAUAAGCACACGUGACUUCCGCCAUAGCAGCAAGGGAUUCGUUAAGCUGGCUUAUUCACUAACGUCAAACUUCCCGAAGGCCACCCGAGUCAUUAACGAAGCUGAUGUGUUUGACAGAGAGGGGUCUGGGUGGGGCUACGAAGAAUUCUUUCCAUUAUGCUGGGCGGAAUUCAAAGACCAGCUAAAAAGAACUCCCUUAAUAAUUACUUCUCAAGUUAGUCUGCUUGAGUAGAGCCGGGAUUCAAAAUUACCGUCUAGCUGUUUUUACAGCUACUGCAGUGCCAUGUAUUGGUAGACAUUUAUUGUAAGCAGCCAUUCUAACCAGUAAUUUUCGUUUCUCUAUCUUCAAAAUAACAUUUAACUAAGGUUGAAAAACUCCCAAACUGAUAGUAACCUGCAGAGAUAUACGUGUCAAACUGGGUUAGAUUAAAAAGGAUACACUUAUCCAUUCGAGGAACUUAUUGAGAUCUCCCAGGUGCAAUUCACGUUUAAAGAGGUUUUCUGAUCAUCAUCGUAGAGUGAAAACCAAAACAAUGCAAAAGCAGUCAGAGAGCUCCAAACAAGAUUUUCUGGUCUUUAAAUAAGCAAUAGUAGAAUUAUAAACUUCUGGCAGAAGUUAUGCAUAGCUAUAAAGUAACUAGAUAAAGUAAGUAAAUUCAUUUAAUGUCAAUAAUCAUAGCUAUAAAGUAAAUAGAUAAAGUAAGUAAAUUUAUUUAUUGUCAAUAAUCAUGGUAAGAAAAUCUCAGGAGCUUUUUCAACUCUGUUUUACAUACUUUAUCUUAGACUUUGUGUACUAAAAAACAGUAUAAUUAUAUAAUACUGAUUGCUACUGGCUAAUUCUUAGUCAAGCGGCAGCGGCGUUAACUUGCAAGCGAUGGAUGUCGCCAUAAUCUAGCUGUCAAUAGAGAUUUGAUGCAAGGCGUUAGAGCGGUUUUCAACUGAGUGUCAAAAGCAAUCGGGCGAUUACUUUGGUUUUGGUUUUACUGCGGUUUGAGAU